UGAACACUGAAGAACUCGGACGUUUUCUGUGAUCUUACGAGAGACUUCGAAGAAGACGCUAGAUCGAGGGAAAAAAAUCAUAAAAACUUUCAAGGCUAUUGGAUUGCUUGCUUCUAAUGGCUGUUGAAAAACUUUUCAAAGAUGAAGCUACUGAAGAAAAGGGUGAACGUGCCCGGAUGGCAUCCUUUGUUGGGGCCAUGGCAAUUGCUGAUUUGGUAAAAACAACUUUAGGACCUAAAGGAAUGGAUAAGAUAUUACAAUCCACUGGUAGAGGACACAGUGUCACUGUGACUAAUGAUGGUGCCACUAUCUUAAAGUCUCUCCAUAUUGACAACCCUGCUGCCAAAGUCCUUAUUGACAUCUCAAAAGUUCAAGAUGAUGAAGUGGGUGAUGGGACUACUUCAGUGGUAGUUUUGGCUGGUGAACUUUUGAGGGAGGCUGAAAAGUUAGUAGCAUCAAAAAUCCAUCCAAUGACAAUCAUUUCAGGUUUCCGGAUGGCUGCUGACUGUGCACGUAACGCAUUGCUGGACAGAGUUAUGGAUAAUAAAAAGGAUGCAGAGAAAUUUAGAUCCGACCUAAUGAGGAUUGCAAAGACCACUUUGAGUUCAAAAAUUCUCUCACAGGACAAAGAACAUUUUGCAAAAUUGGCUGUUGAUGCUGUUAUGAGGCUAAAAGGAAGCACAAAUUUGGAAUCCAUCCAAAUCAUCAAGAAAGCCGGAGGGUCACUAAAAGAUUCAUUUUUAGAUGAAGGAUUUAUUCUAGACAAAAAGAUCGGACUAGGUCAACCAAAACGUAUAGAAAAUGCAAAAAUCUUGGUUGCAAAUACAGCAAUGGACACGUAUAAAGUAAAAAUCUACGGGGCACGUGUCCGAGUCGACUCGAUGGCAAAAGUUGCUCAAAUUGAAGGAGCAGAAAAGGAGAAAAUGAGAGAAAAAGUAAAAAAAAUAAUCGGCCAUGGAAUCAACUGUUUUGUUAACAGACAAUUAAUCUACAAUUUUCCCGAAGAAUUAUUUGCCGAUUCCGGUAUUCUCGCAAUCGAACAUGCCGAUUUUGAAGGAAUCGAACGUCUCGCUUUAGUGACAGGUGGCGAAAUUGCAUCCACUUUUGAUAAUCCGGAAUCUGUUAAACUCGGACACUGUAAACUUAUUGAAGAAAUUAUGAUCGGUGAAGAUAAAUUAAUCCACUUUUCCGGAGUCCAAAUGGGUCAAGCUUGUACCAUUGUUUUGAGAGGAGCAAGUUUUCAUGUACUUGAUGAAGCGGAAAGAUCGUUGCAUGAUGCGUAA